AUGGCAGAGGACAUCCUCAACGAUUCCUUCCUAGAUCUGAGAGAAGUGGAAAAUAAGGUUGGCAGGAAAACCCCAGAAAGUCUUCUGAUUUGGAUGAGGGACUCUGCGGACUGCGAAGAUGGCUGGAGGUCUGAUGUGGUGGACAGGGCAGACCGCAGCUCUGCCUUCAGCGGUAGCUUCUCUGACAGAAUAAGCAGCUUGAAACAAGAGAUGAGGUCGCUGCGAUCUGCCGAUGUGAAGAUCCUGCGCCAGCUGCUGGCCGUUCACGAGGGUAUUGAGGCCAUGAGGUGGCUGAUGGAGGAGCCGGAGGCCUCAGUCAGCCACAGCAGCAGCUCGACGGGCAGCCUGAGCAGCCUGGUGGCUGUGGAGGAGCACGGGCUCUCGGUGUCCCCCUGCAGAGAAAGACUAACUCAAGAUUUGACUGAAAACUCUGGCGAUGAAGCAUCAGAUCACCAACCACACGCUCAUGAUGAUGAACUAAACCACAAGAGCUACUUUGACAUGCGGAUCCCGGAGUUUACUGAGGAAAGACCUCCUAGUCCUUCCAUCUUUAAGUUGGAAGUCAGUCAUUCCACACAUGGCAGCCGUGGUCCGUCAUCAUCUGGUCCUGCCAACUGUUUGGGCCGUGCCAAAUCACAAAAGUCCCAACCACAGGACUCUGAUGUAGCUCCGUCACGAUUCAUCAAAGACGAUGUUGGCACCAUCAGGAGAGCUCUCCUCAGAUCUAGCAGGUCAAGAAGAAACAUGAAUGAUAUCUUUUCCCUCACUAAACAUUCAGAAGAGAUACAGACGAAGCACCAGCACAAUACGAUGGAAGAGGAAGAAAAUCCGCCUAAUAGAGACACGACCUUGCUGGGCUAUAAUGCUCCGUGGUGCUGGGUGGAGUCACAGGACGAUCAUACGUAUCUAUAAUAUUCUAUAAAGCUAUACAUUUAAAUGUACGAGAAGCUAUUUACCUCGACUUUCUCUUUCUCUUUUUCACUAUUCAUUUGCUUUUGAUGAGGAUGUUUGAUGUGUAUUUUAGGUGUUCCAAGAGACAAAAAAGCCCCUUUUAUUUACAAUUAAGGAAAUUAUAUGGUAAACAAAUAUGAUAUCUAGAAAUGUCAUGUCCUUGUCGAAUAAAUGUUUUACACAC